UACUGAUUGUAACUGGUCUACGAGUUUUAUUUUUUAUUCCUGAAUUCCGUAAAAAUCAGUCAAGAUUCACAACAUGGUCCAGAUCGAGCGGAUUUUAAGUGAAGACUAGCACUGAGGAAUAAGUGAAAUAAGUAAUACCGAUCUCUGCGGCAACCUGAGGAGCACCCAGCAUCGUGGAGCGAGAGGUUAUAAUACAACCGCAAGUUAUUGGAUGGAUAAUCGCCUUCAAUCAAUGCAAGGACUAAAUACAGUGUUAAUCAGUGGUAUUUCAUUGUUAUUCACCCAACACUCAGGUAUUAUUUAGUUAAUUAAGUGACCAGAUAGUUAAAAUCAGGUCUGCGACACCUGUCUUCCAAUAUGACCGAUAAGGAUCUAAGAAAGCGCAGAGGCAGUUAUAAAGGGAGAUUAACGUUUUUGGCCCUGAGCAUCACUGAAAGAUUAUCCGCAUUACCAAAUUAUAAGGUAUGUUUUAACUGCUUCCGACGCGGUCACUAUGCCACUACUUGCAGGAAAUCGUGCUGUAAAAUUUGUAAACGCAAGCAUCAUACGCUAAUUCAUUGUACCGAUUUCAAACAAAAGACGUCGAGCGACAACACAGCUGAUCGUAGGAAUGCACACGAUAACUGCAAGGACGAGUCGAUACCUACGACUAACGGUAACUCGGGCGUUACGCUGGCGGCGAAUAUCUCCGCGCAUUCAAAUACAUGCACCUCGACCGACGUCCUGUUGUCAACUGCUUUAGUGAAAUGUUACGAUUCACAUAAUAAGGAAUACGUCGCACGCGCACUCCUCGAUUCCGGCAGCUCGUCGUGUUUAAUGACCGAGAAAUUAUGCAAACAACUUAACUUGCCAAUUGCUAAGGUGGAUAGAUCGAUUUACGGCAUAAAUAACUCAUUAACUCAUAUAGGUAAAAUGUGCAGCGUUCAUAUUAAAUCAUUAUCAGAGUCCUAUUCAUGCGAAUUAAAAUGUUUUGUGCUCCCAAACAUAACGGAUAACGUCCCAGCUAGACAGAUAAAUCUACGAAACAUAAGUAUACCUACAGACGUACAUUUAGCCGAUCCUAAUUUUCAUACUCCCGCUGAGAUUGACUUGAUUAUAGGCGCGGAUCUGUUUUGGUGUUUAUUAGGAUCACGAAAAAUUAGUUUAGGUACUAACAAACCAAUUCUUUAUGAGACCAGACUCGGCUGGCUGGUUUCUGGCCCAAUUAACGGCGGCUAUAUGAUGGACAGAUCAGAUCCUGUUAUGUGUAAUUUUACCAAAGUCGACAGCUAUCAAAGUUCUUCUGAUUUAUGCAAUUUAGAUGACAUUCAAAACCAAUUAACGCGUUUUUGGCAGCUCGAGGAGGUCAGCCGUCAGUCAUCAAGUUAUUCUAUCGAAGAACAAAAUUGUGAAGAUCAUUUUGUCAAAAAUAUGACUCGCUUAGAGGAUGGCCGUUUCUGUGUUAAAAUACCUCUAAAGAAUUCUCCUGAGGUCUUAGGCGACUCAUUACAAAGAGCAAAACGCUGUUUUUUAUCUAUGGAACGCAGAAAUAUGUCCCAGCCACCUCUUGACAAAAUGUACAAGGAAUUUAUGUCAGAGUACAUAUCUUUGGGCCAUAUGUCUGAGUCUAUAAUUGAUAAAAAUAAGAUUAAUUAUUUUUUACCUCAUCACGGCGUAUUGAGAGAACACAGUUUAACUACCAAGCUACGCGUAGUAUUUAAUGCCAGUGCGCCUACUACUUCCGGUAUGUCCCUAAAUAACUUACAGAUGGUAGGACCAACCGUGCAAGACGAUUUACUGUCAAUUUUAAUCAGGUUUAGACUGUACAGAUACGUAUUAUCAGCUGAUGUGGAGAAAAUGUACAGACAGGUGUCUGUACAUCCCUCUGACAGACACUUACAGCAAAUCGUCUGGCGUGAUGACAUGUCAAGUCCACUUAAGGUGUAUGAGUUAAACACCGUCAGUUAUGGCACAGCAAGUGCCCCGUUUCUGGCAACAAGAUGCCUGAAACAAAUCGGCAUUGAAUGUAGUGACAAAGAUAUCUCUGAGGUUAUUAUUCAUGACUUUUACGUAGAUGACCUGCUGACUGGCGCUGACCAAAUCAACCAGGCCCUUUCAAUACGCAAUAAGGUUACUCAAGCUCUUGCUUCUGCUUGCAUGCCAUUGAGGAAGUGGAGGUCUAAUGAGCCAGCCUUGUUGUGUGAUAAGCAAAAAAUCAUUGACAAGACCCAGCCCUACACAUGGAGACACGUGCCCACGAAUGUCAAUCCUGCGGACUUACUUUCGCGAGGAGUAGACGCAAAUGAUAUCGAGUCAUCAAAUACAUGGUGGUCUGGCCCUACUUUUUUAUUACAGGACGAGUCGUCAUGGCCUUGUAUUCCAGGCACCAUAAGUGAUUUACCUGAGCUGAAGACAAAUGGCAGUUGCGAUACAUUGUCUGAAUGUGUUGCGAGCGAAGGAAUUACAUUCCAUUUUAUACCUGCUUAUGCUCCGCAUUUCGGUGGUCUUUGGGAGGCAGGUGUCAAGUCGACCAAAUUUCAUUUAGUCCGAGUGUUGGGAAAUUGUAGACUAACUUACGAAGAGCUUAACACUACGCUAGUGCAGAUUGAAGCGAUUCUAAACUCUCGCCCACUCACUCCUUUGUCAUCGGACCCGGAAGACAUGAUGCCCCUCACGCCUGCUCACUUCAUGAUAGGAAGACCACUUACUUCCCUGCCAGUCAAGGACCUUCGUGACCACUCCAAUCAUCAUCUCACACGGCACCAGAGAGUUGAACAACUCAGACAACAUUUUUGGGAACGGUGGAACAAGGAGUAUGUGUCUGAGCUCCAACAGCGAGUGAAAUGGCAUACCACCAAGGAUUCCUUGAAGCUCAACUCUCUCGUCGUCAUCAAAGAUGAUAACUUGCCGCCAUUAAAAUGGAAGCUGGGUCGUAUCGUGGCGCUGUACCCGGGCAAUGAUGGUGUACCCAGAGUAGCAGAUAUCAAAACCUCAACUGGUGUUGUCCGCAGAGCGUUUUCGAAGAUCUGUACUUUGAUUGAAGAUUUUUGUUGA